AGGGGCGGGUCGCUGGUGUGACCAAAUGUUUAGUUACUGUUUCUGUUCUGAUGAGAUGGGCUGGAGGAGUUAAUACCGACAGCUACGACGCUAAAAACUGCCCAGUCUUUUCUGAGUUGCUGGUUGGCUUUAAAACUCCUACUCACAGCGACCUUGUAUUGGCCUACAAGAAGACAAAGCCAUGGGGAAUACAAGCAGUGAGAGGGCUGCAAUGGGCCAGGGGGAGAAGGCUCAGCGGAGGGACAGCCGAGGUACCAAGGAGGGAGAGAGACCAAAAAUCCUGAUGGACAGCCCUGAAGAUGCAGAUAUUUUUCAUGGUGAUGAUAUGAAAGCUCCUUUAGAGAAAGAGGAGUUCCUUGCAUGGCAACAAGACUUAGAAGCAGAAGACAAAGCGCCAACUUUAGACCGACCAACAGUCUUUCGCUGGACUGGAGAUGGCAAGGAGGUCUACCUCUCUGGGUCCUUCAACAACUGGGCCAACAAGAUUCCCCUUAUUAGAAGUCAAAACACCUUUGUGGCCAUUGUCGAUCUGCCUGAGGGGGAACACCAGUACAAGUUUUAUGUGGAUGGCCAGUGGACCCACGACCCUGCUGAGCCGGUUGUAACCAGCCAACUCGGCACAGUCAACAAUAUAAUCCAGGUGAAGAAAACUGACUUUGAGGUGUUCGAUGCUCUAAUGGUGGACUCACAGAAAUGCUCUGACAUGUCAGACCUCUCCAGCUCUCCUCCCGGACCAUAUCAUCAGGACGCAUAUGUUCCGAAACAGGAAGAGAAGUUUAAGUCUCCACCCAUACUCCCACCACACUUGCUACAGGUCAUCCUCAACAAAGAUACUGGGAUUUCUUGUGACCCUGCAUUGCUUCCAGAACCCAACCACGUCAUGCUCAACCACCUCUAUGCUCUUUCCAUUAAGGAUGGGGUGAUGGUGCUCAGUGCGACACAUCGCUACAAGAAGAAGUAUGUCACCACUUUGCUAUAUAAGCCUAUCUGAUUGAAGACUGUCUUUUUAAUCCUGUCCCAGUGUGUUAACUGUACACUGAGUGUACAAAAUAUUAGCUCCACCUGUUUUUUCCAUGAAGCAGAGAGACCAGGUGAAUCCAGGCCCAUAUCAGUCAUGAGUUUCAUCUGUUAACAUCCUGACUUGAAGGGGCAGCUGUGAAUGAGGUGAAGGAGAGCGAUCAAAGAUGAAAAAAAAAGAAUAUUGUUAAAUUUGUAAAUUAAACUUUCAUGUUCAGUAAAAUUCAGGUAUAGUCUUUACUACGGGAAUGCCCUGGAAAACAAUGCAUAAACAAAAAAACGAUUAAAUGAUAAAGUUAGACAGGUGUGUACAGUAAAAUCUUAACAUAUUAAUCAUUUGCAUCAUUGUACAAAUGUGCUUUAAGAGGUUAGUUAAGUGAUGACAUUACUUUAUCCUUUCUAAAUUUUGAACACACAGCUCUGAGAUUAUAUCUUGUACACUCACUGUAAACCCAGUUGUUCUACACAUCUUUUGAGGAUGAUCAAUGCCACUUAGUUACUCCAAUCCUUCAUAAUCUGCCUUUAUCUUUUCACUGGCUGCCCUCUGUAGUUUUCAACAACAGGAACUUUUCUUAGUAGACAUAGAGGGGCAUUAAUAACGAGGUAGGACACUAUGACAUGUCUGUAGUCAAAACAGACGUAAGUGUAAUGAGGAGAAUUGGUAAUGCUGGGGAAAUUGGACUGAACGACCUCCGAUACGUGAGGUUGCUGUCGUCUUUCCUAUGGUUGAGGAGACAACAGAAGUACAAUCAAGAAUGUGAAUGUUGAGGUCAAAGAAGGAAAAAAUGCACUGCAGUAGUACUCCACUUUUUUCUCUUGCCUCUGUAUCGUGAAAUGCUUGAGUUUUAUUUAGUAUGAUCACAGAGCGCAAAGCGGAUAGUUUUCUGUUAUUUGUAACGUAUUCAGUUAUAUAAUUUUUUUAAAAUUUUGGUUGGUGAUUUGUUUUGUUGUCUAGAGUUCUUUCAAUACAGCUUCCAGUCAAGUGUCUUAGCAGAUUGUUAGUGAAUACUGAGAUGAUGUAGUUAAGACCAAACCCGGAACAGUUAAUCAUGUUAUUAUUAAAUUAAUUUGGUCUAAACUUUAAAAUGACACUAUUAGUUUUGCACUACAAUAAUAAAGGUUUAUUUUUAUGUAGAAUGUGUACAUAGUGUAUGUAAACUUACAGCACGACAAUGAAGCAGAAGAAUAAUGCUUACCCUUUUGAACAUCUACACAGGUUUAGUGGUCUUUGCUCUGAUACACCAUUGC